CGCAUUAUCUGGCAACGCUGCGUGCGUGAAUUAAUGGCGUGCCCACUCCGCAUAAAUGCUCCAUAGUUUUUCUUAUUUUUAACAACAUACGCGCCGCAAAACAACGCCAGCGACGGAACAUGUGUAAAUAGCUGGACACUUGUAAACCCUUCCAGAGUGCAGUGAUUUCCAGGUGUUGUACGUGUGGCGGUGUUGGAAAGCAGGGGUUCGCAAAAUUGCCAAAAAUUGUGUCGCCGCCUGCCCGUUGUGAAAAGUAACAACUAGCUUUGGUGGUGAGGAUGGCGGACAUCGUGUAUCCCACUGGCUGCCGCCCGCUGGUCGAGGAUUUGGGAACGGACGAGCUGAUAAGGCGCCUCAAGACCCUCGCCAAUGUCCUGCAGACGAUGGACCAGGACGACAAUCUCUACCAGCAGUACAUCCCCCUGGCCCUCCAUCUGCUGGACGACUUCUUCAUGCAACAUCCUUCCCGCGAUGUCCAGCUCCUUAUCGCCUGCUGCGUGGCGGAUGUCCUGCGCGUUUAUGCGCCCGAGGCGCCCUACAAAGAGCAAGAUCAAAUCAAAACUAUAUUUAAGUUCUUUAUCAAGCAACUGCAUGGUCUAAAGGAUCCCCGCGAUCCCUCCUUCAAGCGUUACUUCUAUCUGCUGGAGAACCUAGCCUUUGUCAAGUCCUUCAACAUGUGCUUCGAGCUGGAGGACUGUCAGGAGAUCUUCCAGGAGCUGUUCAGCACCAUCUUCAAGAUUGUCAAUGACCAACACAGCGCUAAGGUUACGAACUUCUUCCUAGAUGUGCUGAGUCCCUUAAUCACAGAAGCCGAUAACCUGUCGGUGGAACUGCUGGAUCUCAUACUGAUAAACAUUGUCGAGCCGUACAAAUCCAACAACAAGUUUGCCUGCCAACUAACCGAACAACUCCUCCGCAAAACGGGCGAUGCUCUUGAGUCCACCAUCAAAAUGUUCUUCAACCGUGCUUUGGUCAUGGAUAAGCCAAACACAAAACUGUCCAUAACAAGCAAAAUCUAUGAUAUCAUUUACGAGCUUAACCGCAUCAAUGCAGACCUGCUGUGCUCAGUGCUGCCCCAACUGGAAAAUAAACUGCUGUCCACCGACGAUGCUGAAAGGCUGAAGGCCACAACUCUCUUGGCCCGCAUGUUCUCCGAGAAGGACUCGCAGCUGUCCAAGAAGUACCACAACCUGCUGAAAAUCUUCUUUGGACGCUUCUGCGACAUCACCGAGCCAGUUCGCAUCAAGUGCGUUCAGUCGUCCAUGCACUUCCUGCUCAAUCAUCCAAAUCUUCAACCCGAUAUCACCGAGAAGUUGCGGCUUAGGAAUCACGAUCUUGACGAGGUUGUUCGUCACGAAGUUGUAAUGGCCAUUGUGGAGACUGCCAAGCGGGACUUCACUCUGGUGCUCGAGGCGCCCGAACUCCUAGAGAUCGUGCGAGAAAGGACGCUGGACAAGAAAUACAAGAUACGCAGAGACGCUAUGAACGGGCUGGCCUACAUCUACAAGCGAGCGAUAUGCGAGCCCAACGACUUAAGCACGGGGCUCAAGGUUAGGGUUGACUGGAUCAAGAACAAGAUACUGCACGGUUACUAUAAGGUCGGUUUGGAGGAUCGCCUGUUGGUCGAACGCUUACUCAUCACCUGCCUGGUUCCCUACAAACUGGCUCCCGAGGAGCGCAUGAAGAAGCUGUAUCAUCUGUUGGGCGAUCUGGAUGCCAACGCCACCAAGGCCUUCGUGGAGCUGCAGAAAAACCAAAUGAAGACCCGGAACACGGUCAGCGAUUGGAUCAAGCUGCACCACUCCAAGGAGUUUACGCCGCGCGUGGUCAGCCAGCUGAGCGCCAAGCAGGCCAACAUUGCCAAACUGCUUCCAGAUCCUCUAAAAGCGGCAGAUUACCUUACCCAGUUCAGCAACAACCUGCGAAAGGAUGCCCAGUUGCUGCGCUGCAUCAACGUUGUCUUGAAGCGUGACGUAAGCUGCCGGGAGUGCGCCGAUACGAUGGGAGUUUUGCUGAAAAAGCUGGGCGCCCACGUCCACUCGAAUCUGUACUACAACACCGUCAAGAUGCUGAUUGAACGCGUGGCGUCAGUGAUGGUGGACAAAGAAUCAGUUGGCGUGCUUAUUGGCCUCAUUGAGCAGUGUAUUGAGGGAGGCCCCAUGUGCGAGGAGAUUGGCAUCUCGCCACAGGAAGCGGGCGAGCGCGGACUCAAGUUGUUAAGCAUGCUUUCCUACGUGUUCUCUGCUCACUUUUUCACCGACACUUCGCUGCGUCAUUUGAUUUCCCUGCUGAGUUACGAGCAAGAUUAUGUUGCUCCCCUGGUGCUGAAGACUCUCACGCAUCUGGGACGCUAUCAGCCACUGAUCGAAGACCCAACACCGGCCAUUCUCGACGAGCUGGCGCCGGUGUGCAAAGAUUUCGCUUUGAUCGGAACCCCCAAGCAGGCAAAACACGCGGUGCGUUGUAUUUUUGUGAACAGUCAGUCGUCAGCUGCAACUGAUGGAUCAGCAAGUGGAGCCGGUAGCGCGUCUACCACUACUCAAACAGUGCAUCCAAUUUUCAACGAGAUCAUCGAGACACUGCGCCUGAAACUAACGCCAAACUGCGAGCAGCAGCGCACUAAGAUAGUGACCUUGGGUCACAUUGCAUACAACAUGCCACAGGCCUUCCUCACGCCCAUUAAGAAUAUGAUUGCGCGUCGCAUUGUCAAGGAGCUUCUUAUCCAAGAGGUUCCGGCUCAGCGGGAUUACGAGCUGCCAGAGGACAGUGACUGGUGUGCGCAAGAGGAACUUCCGCCAGACACGCUGUGUAAACUGGAUGCGCUUAAGGCCAUGGCUCGCUGGCUUUUAGGACUGCGCACCGAUGAGCACGCAGCUCAAAAGACAUUCCGAAUGCUAGCCGCAUUUGUCAACCAGCGGGGCGAUCUCCUCGGCCAGAACCGCCUUUGCGGUGCCGAGAAAUCCUGGUUGCGUUUGGGAGCAGCCUGCGCCAUGCUCAAGGUGUGCGAGCAGAAGGGCGUAGGCGAUCAGUACAGUGCCGAGCAGUAUUUGCAGCUUUCUCAGCUGAUGGUUGACCCGGUGCCCGAAGUUCGGGAAAUCUUUGCUCGAAAGUUACACAAGGGGCUAAGCAGAAGUCUGCCCAGGAACUGCCUGCCCCUGGACUUUAUGGGCUUGUAUGUGCUGGCUGGUCUAGAGACGGACAGAAAAUUACAAGACCUCGUGCGUCAUUAUGCGGAAACGGAUGUAAACAAACGUCGGGAAUAUCUCAAGACUGUGGCAAUGACAUCUCCCGACAGCUCAACUGAGUCACAAUCACUUCACAUUCUACCUGACUAUAUGCUGGCCUUCGCUAUUCCGGUGCUGGUCCACGAUCCCCGCUUCACGAAUCACGAGGAUUACGUCCAGCUCCGCAAAAUGGAGAAGUGCCUGCGUUUCGUUCUGGAGCCCCUGAUGGCCAAACGGGAAUUGUUUGUCCACAGCUUCUACAAGCAGCUGCUACAGCUGAUAAAGCAUCGCGAGUUCAGCCAGGGCUCGGACAAGCGCGACAAUUAUAAAAUGUGGGCGCUCUGCGAUCUCGCCAUGUACAUUAUCGACUCAAAAUUCAGCCCAUUUGAUGCCAACACGAGCACAUUCUCCAUGCCGCUGGCCCUGCCAGAAAUGUAUUAUAAACAGCCUGCCGUUGCGAAUUUCCAAAACAACGAGGUCUAUAUACCGCUGGACGUGUAUACGUUGGGAGCCAAAUCGACGAGCAAAGCAGCCAUGACGGCCAUGACAACGUCGCGAGCGGCAGCAGCCUCAAAGAGGCCGGCGGAACCAUCGAUCCUGGAUGAUGAGAAUCCGCAGGAGAACAAUCUGUUCGACAACAUACGAGCGGCCGAUACUACAGAGCCCACGGCCAAAAAAUCGCGUGCGGGAGGUGCCUCAGCCAAAUCAUAGGGGCUGGAGGGGUAGAAUAAAGGCGGAUCGAGCGCGUACUUGUUAGUUUAGUUAUGUUUAGUCUAGGCGCCUAAGUUAACUAAAUAUUUAAGACGUAGGAAAAACUACGAUAGUUGUUAAACCGACACUACCUAAAACUUACAUCAUGCAGAUCACACUUAAACACCCAGAAUUCGGAUUCUUUUAGUUUCGCAUGCAUUUUGUAACAUAAGAAACUUGUGAGAUAGACCAAAAACGCAAAAUCAGAUAACGUGUCGCAUAUAAUCUGUUAUUCGCAUCUCCAUAAAAGUAAUUAUUUAUCACUCUAAAUGUUUUAAUCUGUUUUUUUACUGUGUCCGAACCUUUGGUUUACCUUUAGUUAUAGAACUUAAUGUAUAUCGAAUAAAUGAAGUAUAUCGCGCAUUGGUUGCAAGAACGAAGUAAAGUAAUGAAAACGUAAACAGAGCCUUAUUAAGUAAUUAAAAUUAACUUUUCUAUGAACUUUUAGUUAAUAUAAUACGUCAUUCAUAAUACAUAACAAGCCAAUCGCGUUAAAUUCGACAAGAGUGCAUUGAAAAUGCAUUGAAACAGAGAACAUAAACUGUUGUAAGGUUUGAAUAGAGAACAUAACAAAGAUACAAAUAAAAUGAAUACACACACAUUAA